CUUCCGUUACAUGCCCAAGGCCCUAUAUACCCGUGCCCAAGCACGUGCCCCGCCGAGCAGCGUGGUUGAAUGCGUGCAUCCUUUUUCAGUUUUAUUUGUUUUGUGAGAGAAAAGGUGCUUGUAUGGAUGCUCGGUACAUCAAAUCAGUAACAGUAUACACUUGAACUUUGAGACCUUUACAUUUAUUGAUAAUCUAAUACUCUCCCGUUAUUUAGUGCUUUACCUACCUGCUAACAAACGUCAGCAUCAAGAUCAAGAUGAGCUCAAAAAGGAGGAAUGUUGAAGUUAUGGAUGCUGAGAGUGACUCUAGUAGCUCUGAAUCUGAAGAAGAUCCUGAGCUGCAAAAAUAUGUCGACCAAUGUGUGAUGGUGGAUUUUGAAGGCCGAUGUCCAACCCACUCAGACUAUCAUGGCAUUCGCCAGCUGCUGCUGCCUCUGCUGCCCCGUGCCCACGUCAAUUGGGGCCAGUUGGCGGACAUCAUCAUCGCUCAGAAUCAAGUUGGCAGCGUGCUAAAGCAAUGUGACCCCGAGGGGCCGGACGCUGACGAUGACGACGAUGACGCCAUGGAUGCCGACAGCGACAAGGAGGUGUACGGCGUCACCACCGUCAUCAACCUCACCGAGCGGCGGGAGACGGACGCGGUGAAGGAGCUGAAGCAGACGCUCCUGUCGCGCUGUAAGUCGGCCGGCGCGGCGCGCGACGUUCAGCUGAAGCUGGAGGCAGCGCUCUCCUCGACCACCGAGCACACGGCGCUGCUGCUCAACGAGCGCUUCGUCAACAUCCCGCUGCAGAUCUGCGUGCCGCUGCUGACCUCGCUCAGGGAUGAGAUCGAGGAAGCGGCCAAGAAGAGCAUGCCGUUCAAGUUCUCGCACUUUGUGCUGAUCUCCAAGCUGCACCGGCCCAAGGGCAAGGGCAAGAAAAAGGACCGGACACAGGCCGAGCCGGUCUGGGUGAACGGCGAGGACGAAAUAUUCGACAAGGCGGCCGAGGCGAGUUUCGAGUUCAGCGUGGCUGAGGAGACGGACACGGCUGUGGACGGCCGGUGGACGGACCGCGACACACUGAUGACGCCGUACCGGCGCGUGCUGCUGCUGCCGGCCGCCGCUCUACCGCCGGCCAUCGACGAGAUUACGCGCGCCGUGCAGAAGCUGCCCCAGCUGGGCUGACCGCCGUCCGCCGGAGACUCCAUGAUGCGGUACCGUUCUCCGGGGAGGGGGGAGGGGGGGAAGCUGACAGACAGCUGAUGUCACCUGUUCAAGGUGGUGUGCAGUGAAAGGAUGUGUGCCUAACUUUCUCAUUUGGGCGCUAGAGGAUAUGGUGUUUGGCCAACAGCUAGCUUGGCGUCAGUUUGAGGUAGCGUGGUGCAUUUCUGAUUUCUUUGGCACGAUUUGUGCGUGGUUAUAUGCGUUGUUGAAUUGUGCAUACAAACAGCGAAGUUGCACGUUGAAUUUGAGUGUGUCAAGAGUGUUUCGUAAUGUCACUUCAUACAUGAUGCUUGAGAAGUGUUGAUGCCGUUAUUGAGAAGAAAUCGCUGCCUCUGUGAUCAGGAAAUGUAGCCAAUUUAUGCUUGAUACUGCCUACAUUAACUUUCAUUGACGCUGGCCUUGUUAAAUUAUUGUUGGUUGUUUUGCAUGGACAAUGGAAAUGAAAGGGUGAUUCGAACUAUUCAUUUAAGGUGAAGCAUGAUCGUCAGUUACACGGCGGUCCUCGGUUCACGGUUAGCCGUCGUCUGAAAGCCAAACUUUGUAAGGUUCAGUAAUAACUAAAGUUUAUAGGGAACUGUCAGCAUAUCAGUCAACUCAAUCUUAAUUUUAAACCUCCCGGUACAGACCACCUUGUUCCCUUGAUGCGGUGCCAGGAAACCAGGCACGGCUGUAGGUGACCGACUGAGUCUGGACGCACGGCUUUCCAAAUUGUCGUUAUAACUGCUCUAGCGCUCUUAGUGCUAAGGGCAUCAGUUUAUUCGCAAGAUACUUACGACGAUUGGACCUCAGAUGCAUUGUGUUGCAAUGCCCUUCGUGAAUGCUGAUUGCUGAGUGUCUGGCACAUUGCGUGGUUGAAAUUUUGGUUUAAGUUAUCGGCGUUGUUGGGCUCACUCAAGACCCUAAAACCUCUUUGAGAGUCCCUCCUCAAUGCACGGGUUACAGUUCGAAAGUGCCUGCGCUUGUGAAAGGUCGUGUUGUGUGCGAGCGUAUGAAUUCAUACGAAAUGCGUUCUCCGCUAUCUGUUCGUCUCGUAUAAAUUUCAUGAAACAUUUCAUUCAUCCGGUGUGUGCACAGGGCAUCUAAUAAAUACUUACAUUCUUUGCGAAACAA